AUGAAAACGGCGGAACUGAAUAGUCAGAACACGAAUCAGACGAUCAAUGGCAAACCCACGUGCAAUCGUAAUCAAUCACAUGGCGCCGCACCAGCGUCGAACGCAAAUGCGGUCAACUAUCAGCACCACCAGCAACAUCCAUCAUCGGGUGGUGUCCACGGUGCUAAAAUAGGCAAAUCGUCCGCCCAUGGGACGACCGACAACCAAGCACAGCCACUGCACCCAUCGCAUCCUCAGCAGGAGCAGCAGCAGCAGCAUCAUCACCAUCAGCAUCAGCCACUGUCCCGCAUUAUUGCAGCGAGUGGCGUAACCGGCACGGCAGCGAAUGCAUCGCUCGAUAUGUCAAAAAUCCCACACGCCAAAGCGUUCUACGAUUUUUCCUCCAGCGAAACAAGUGACAUCAGCUUCCGCAAGGGCGAUAUUAUCAUACUGAAAAAGAAAAUCGAUCAUAACUGGUGCGUCGGCGAGGUUAAUGGGAAGGAAGGUGCUGUACCGUUGAACCACAUAAAGGUGAUCGUACCCUUGCCGUUUCCCCAAUGCAAGGCGCUGUACGAUUUUCGAAUGGGACCAUCGGAGGAGGAAGGUUGUUUAACGUUUAAGAAGGGUGCCCUUAUACAUGUUCUACGGCGCGUUGAUCAGAACUGGGCAGAGGGAAGGAUUGCGGAAAAGAUUGGCAUCUUUCCGAUAUCAUUUGUAGAGAUGAAUGGUUUGGCGAAACAUAUGAUGGAUUCAUCGCUAAAGCAUAUACUGAGUAACUCGAAUCGAACCGUACCCCCAACACCUUUCGAUUUAAACGCCAGCGCCACUAGCAGCAGUGAUACAAGCUCGAGCGUUACCACCAGCCCCAAUUCUUCAACCAGCACGACUAGUUCUAACUCCAGCACUGCUCCCAGCAGUCCUACAGCUCACUUCCUGCAAGCGCAACCUGUUACAUCCGGUGGCAAACAGCAUCAAUCGAAGCGUUCCGAUCCGGCAAACCGCGAAAAACGACAUUCCCUUACAACAGCCGGAUUGUCUACGAGCACCGGUAGUGCUCUGCAGACGAAUCAGUCCGCCCCACAUCGACAUUCGACGGAAAUGUUGAACAGUGAUUGUAGUGGAGAUGGCAAAACGAUACGACAGCCAGUGGACAGUGCCGCAACUUCGUCGUCCGCGGUCGUAGCUCCCUAUCAGAAGUGCAACGUGACGAAAGCUAGUCAAAUGUAUCAACAACAUCCGCAGCUACCGACAACGUAUAUUGCUCUGUACCCCUACAAGCCACAGAAACCGGAUGAACUGGAACUGAAGAAAGGAUCCAUUUAUUAUGUCACGGAACGUUGUCAGGAUGGCUGGUUUAAGGGUACAAAUUGGCAGAAGAAAUCUGGUGUUUUUCCCGGCAACUAUGUCGCCAUUCACAAAGGAAGAGAUGGUGCUUCGCCUGGAUCGCGCAACACGAGUGCACAUUCCACCGGAAAAAUGAAUAAUGUCGCCAGUCCGCAAGCCGGAUCUUCAGCGUCAAACGGUGCUUGUUCUUCAAACGGUGCCAUUAACAGUCAGUCCAAUGGUGGAUCGUCUUCUCCUCAACAGCAACCAUUGCAACUACCCGAGCUACCGCCACGAAAUACGACAGCAUCACAGCAACAGCAAGGCAUGAAAUAUAUUGAUUCCAUCUUCGGUCGUCAAGGAUCGCUCGAUGGUGGUCCCGGGUCGCCGAACAACGAGCAGCAACAAUCGGCGGGACCGGAUGCAGCUAUAACACCACCAGCCACGGGAAAGGUGAAGAAAGACUCGUCGGCUGUUAGCUUAAUGAAGCGGUUAACCAAUAUGAAACGAUCGAAAUCUCCUACCGGUGGAAGUGGAAGUUGUUCUGGUGGAACGGCAAAUCCGGCGUAUACGAGCGAUAGUUCAUUGUUUGAAGAGAUGGCAGGGGCGGCAGAUGCGGCGAUACUAGCUGCCGGAGGCACUCCUGCCGGAUCAGCACAAAUGGCUAAAGCACACUUUAAACAAAUUGCCAAUCCAGUCCACGUGAGAUCGGGCUCGUGUCCGAGCCAGCUGCUUCAGAAUUUACCGAUGGAUUUGAUGAUAAACGGUGUUGGGCCAACGCACUCCGUUCAACAACAACAGCAGCAUCACCAUCAAUCGAAUCAUCCCGCUCUGACUGGAGUACGUGGCGAAAACGUUCCAAUGAUGUACGGUUCUCAGCGCAUUAAACCACACAAAGAGCGACCUUCAAUGCAUGGGUUUAAAUAUGGUGACCAUGCUGUAAUUACGGCCAUGCCCAAACAUAUUGCGCACGAAGCGCCAGCCUCGACUUCGUCGUCACAUAUGAUCGCUAAGCAGCAGCAACAGUCCCAGAUCUACCAUCGAAAGUCCCAAAGUCUCGAUGCCUCGGCAAUAAUCUCGCAGCUGGGACCUUCGCAACAUACUUCUGCUACAGCUACAGUUGUCGCCACCUUGACAGCAAAUGGGACACCUUCGAAGUCAUCCUCCAAAUCGUCGCACUCACAAAGCGUUCGAGAAAGUGAAUACGAACUGGAGUUGCGUGUGGGCGAUAUUGUAAUGGUACACAAAAAGCGUGAUAACGGAUGGUACAAAGGAACGCACGCGCGUUCGGGCAAAACAGGCCUUUUUCCAGCCUCGUUCGUUGAACCGGAUAUGUGA